GACUUCGAGGCGGGCUUCCACAGUAUGAUAGCUCGCAUGAUAUUAGAGCAUCUGACAGUCGGUAAGGUGGUGGACGGCAAAUCAGCCGGUGCUCUUACACCUUCGAAUACAACAGCAGGUGCAGCCAUGCUGGCGGUUAAUAAUGGCGUGAAGAGAAAUACACUCACGAUAGAUGGAGGUCCGCCGCCAGCAUCACAAAGGUGCGAUUAA